UAUUUUUUACCUGAUACUUCAGAAUCAAGCAAGACGGACUGGCUUUUUAUGGGGUCCCCUGGUUAUGGUGCUCAUUUGCAUGUAAGUAAUCCCUAGCGCACCGUUUUCACAAAAAUAUAGGCAUCUAUUGGGCAGGGCUUCUGAUAGGUCAUAGAGAAAAAAGACAAAUUUCACGGGUUUUUCAGGGACAAAUUUGUGGAAAAAUCGGCUGUCAUUUUUGUGGGUAUUUUCGGGGUAAACUUCUCUGAGAAAUGUUGUUUUCUUGUUACUUUGACAAAGUUUCAAGAGACAUUUGCAAGUGUACAGCAAGUAAACAGCUCUAAUAAAUGUUGUACAGACAUGUAUUUGAUAUGAUUUUUAGUGAAUUUCUCAUUAUUUUGUGUGUUUUUGUGAAUUUUGCGGGUUUUAGCGAAUUUACCUGAAUUUCACAGCUCUGCGACCACGCGAAAUAUCAGAAGCCCUGUAUUGGGAAAUUAAAAUCUUCUUAUUAUAUAACUUUGUUGUCAUGCAGGGAAAAUAAGCCUCAGAAUUGCAUUUAAAAAAAUGCUAGAUGAAGGGACUAUUUAUCUAUAAUUUUUAUUCCAAACUUGGUAAUGGAGACUAGCUCUCCAAAGUGUUUAAAUGACAUGUUAAUGUGAUGUUAUGUAUUAGAAAACAAUUAAGAUAGUACACGCAGUCUGAUUGGCUGAGAGGCAUGUUUGCAUGAGAUUGUAAACAUGGUUGUGACAUCAAGAUGUUUUGCUUUUAGCAUGCUGCAUGUAAGCACACAAGCACAAAUUUGAAAAAGCUUUUGAGUUGAAAAUUUGACAAGUUUAUUUAAUUUAUACCCAUUCCUUCAUCGGCUGAAACUUGGAAAAUCUUUACAGAACAUGGUGUGUCCCAGACUAAACGGUAAAACCACUUACAAACCAUCCCCUCUACGGUGACAUACAUGUACCUACAGUUAUUUAACAAGUAUUCCACAGGUGUGCAUUGAAUGUGAGAUAGUAGAUUGCAAACAAGGCGUGUAGUGCCAAGUUGGCUAUCAUCUCAUAUCCAACAAGCAUGAGUGGAAUAAUUGGUUUAUAAUGAUAAAAAAAGCCCACAAAGUAUCGAGAAUUCUUCCCGACUUUAUUUGUAAUAGCAACCAAUUUUCGGUUUGUUUUUAAUUUUUUUAGCAGAUGCAAACAGUUACCAUAUUUGGAGAGCAUGGUAUAAUUAACAAUUAUUCCUCAAGCCCGAAUGGGCUAUAAUUUUGACUCAGAGGCCAUGAGGGGGAGAGGAAUAAUUGUUUUAGUAAAAUCCAACUAGUUGGUCAAAGAUAUCGAGAAUAAAAAAAUUCUAGCCAGUUAAAGCUAGACUUAAAUCCUUUUUUGUUGGCAAAAAACCAGCACUUUUCGCUACUAGUGGGCUAUAACAUAUAGCCUAGUAGUAGCUCAACCAAUCACAAUGCAGCAUUGAUAAUAGACCACUAGCUGGGUUUUACUAAUGGCUCAUAUACCAUGAUGCUAAGCCAAUCAAGAGAUCUAGAAUUGCAUCAUUCAAUAUGAUUCAGUUUUUAAUUAAUAGCCAAUAUAUUAGCCUAUAUAGUGGCCUAUAUAAUACCGUCAGAAUAAAUACUUACCAAAAGUGAUUACAGUCUGUUUUGAGUCAGUCAAACAAGCAAGAUUUACAAAAAGCAUUUUUCUUAAAGAUCUCUUAUGCCAAUUGCUUUUGUCCAAUAGAAAUCUGGGUAAAAAAAAUUACUCGGACUUGUCUUCCAUCUGCAGAUUGAUGCUGUAGGGAACCCAUCGUGGCAAGCCCAAAUAAAGGGGACAAAAAAGUGGACCCUGGAACCACCCCCAGAGUGUGCCCAUGUUUGUGAUCCAAAGCUUGAAGUGACAGUUAAUCCAGGAGAGAUAAGUGAGUAUUGA